AUCAACUACCCCCUCAUCAACGAUGUGCAUGUCACUUGCUAAAUCUUGUGGCAACAACUGAUGCUUCCCUUGCAGAGGCCAUGAAUGACACCUACAAGAGGCUUUUUCGUGCAACAUUUGCAAAAUGCCAGGCCAUUUGGAACAAAACUGGGCGAUCUCAUUUGGCUAGUGAAGUGGUAGAGGACAAGUGUGGGCUACAGAUCAUUCAUCCCAAUGCAACACGUUGGAAUUCCACCUGUCUUGCCACUGAAAGAAUUAUACGCAUCAUUGAUGAGAAAGGUGAAGAUUCCAUUAGGGGUGUAUGUGACGAACUCAAGGUGAAAAUGUUGAGUCCUGCAGAAGUUGCAUUCCUCCGGGAAUAUAGCAUCACGAUGAAGCCACUGAUGAAAGCUUCAAACAUCCUCCAGUCCGAGUCCAGUGUUUACAUGGGAUGGCUGCUGCCAGUAAUCCACCAGCUUCUAUCCAAACUCAACAGACUAGAGAUAUCAAGCAAGACCUGCACACCGCUCAUCAGAGCCCUGCAAAAUGGCCUGCAUAAGCGUUUUGGACAGAUGAUGGAGGAUCCAGAAUUGGCGGCUGCUGCAGUCCUCUUACCCAAGUUCAAGACCUCCUGGACUGACAGAGCAGAUGUUAUAGAAGCUGCCUUGACAUACUUGAAACAACAUCUUGAAACUUCAAAGAAUGAGGGUGAACUUCAAAGAGAGUCAUCUGAUGAUGAUGAUUUCUUCUCCAGACCACUCUCCAAAAUGUUGCAAAGUCCAUUUGAGCUUGAUGGUUACCUUGCAUGUGCCUCGGACAACAUGGAGCUACUUCAUUCCUUCCCAGCAAUCAAGAAGCUGUCUCUGAAGUUAAACACAGCUCUGCCUGCCUCUGCUGCAUGUGAACGGCUUUUUAGCUGUGCAGGUCUACUUUUCACAUCCAAACGAAGCCGGAUAGACUCUGUGAACUUUGAAAAUCAGCUUCUGCUGAAACUGAACAAAAGGUUCAGAAAGUGAAAUGUCCUAGAGUUUUUAAGGCCU